AUGAGCAUGGCGAGAGCAGCAUCCGAGCAACGGUUUAUGCAAUGGCUCGUGGAACAUGGCGCGAAAGUCGACGCGCUAAGGAUAUCGAGCGAUGUGUCUGGAAGCCGUGGGGUAGUCGCCACGAGAGAGAUUGCCGAGAAUGAAGUGAGCAUCGUGAUUCCGUCGUCGUUGUUUAUAUCGGAGGUAACAGCCAAGGCCGACCCGACUCUCGGGCCAAUCUUUGCGGCGAACAUGGACCUUUUCACACGGGAUGACCCUCUGCUCAGUACGUUCCUUACGUACCACAUCUAUCUCCAAGAUGCGUCCUUCUUCCAUCCGUACUUGGCUAUCCUUCCACCCCCCGAGUCCAUCUUGAACUGGUCCAGCGACGACUUGGCCGAGUUGCAACAUCCGCAGCUCGUGGACGUGGCUACACGGCGAAACCACGAGAUCCACAGCUGGUACGACCGGAUCACGGCACGGCUGUUUCGCCUGCACUCAAGCGUCUUCGAUGAGCUUUCCUUUCCAUAUAACACAUUCCGCUUUGCGUGGCAGACUGUGCAAGCUCGAACGUUUGGCAGACGCCUUCCCUGGACAUCGCUUGUCCCAUUUGCCGAUUGCCUCAAUCAUGCCAACGUGGCGACGCGGUACGACUUUGACGUCGACGGGAAUGGGUGUUUUCGGUGGCACUCGAGCCAGCGCCACGCCCCUCGUCAGCAAGUGUUCAACUCGUACGGCCGCCGUCCCAACCAAACGCUCCUGCUGGACUAUGGAUUUGCCCUGCCACGAAACGAAUGGGACUUUGUCGACUUUGACAUAGACGCGAUCGAGUUUUCGCUGCCAAAGCCCGAGCGACGACGGCUCUUCCUUGCCGCCCACCUCAUGCCGUUCCCAUCGCGCCUUCGCUUCUCGCCCGACACAACGUUGAACGAAGUGCUUCCGUACUACCGAUGUGCGUCGCUGGUCGCCGCCUCGACCGACACGUCCAUCUUAGAACCGCAACACCCCGUCGUCGAGAUGAGAGCUCUGAUGCGGCUACGAGACCAGCUUCAGCAUCACUUGGCAGCGCUUCCCACAACCAUCGACCAAGACAGUGCCAUGCUCGACGCGAACGACAUGACAGAUACCCACCGAACGGCGGUGGUGUACCGGUGGCAUCGAAAAUUCAUUCUGCACAGGGUUCUCGAGAUGACGACGGAGCAGCUGAAGACUUUCAACAGGCCAGAGGACGACGCGGUGGCAAGAUAAAGAUGUCGACGUCGCUUAGCACGUGGAGCAGAACGACGCCUUGAUCACGCUGAGCAGUUCGUCGCGGGUCGUGGGCUCUGUAAAUCCGAAAAAUCGUUUUUCUGCCAAACCAA